UAAUAGUAUUUCACAGACAAAACGCCUCGGAGGAGCUUUUGGAGGUAAAACCUCUCAAAGUAUCCCGCCAGCGAUAUGUGCAGUUAUUGCUGCAAAUACCCUGAAAAAGCCGGUUAGUGUCGUACUGAGCAGAUAUGAAGACAUGCUCAUAACUGGAAAACGACAUCCCUCUAUGAUUAAGUACAAGGUUGGUACCGAUACUGCGGGCUUUCUAAAGUGUGCCCAUGUCCAGUUUUAUCUCGAUGGAGGUUGUAGUCAGGAUUUGUCAGGAAUGGUUACAUGGCUUGCAACAACGUCAUUCGAUGGAUGUUUUCAAGUACCAGUGUUGAGAGCUGAGGGCUAUACGUUGAAAACCAACAAAACAAGUAACACUGCAUUUCGUGGAUUUGGAGUUCCUCAAGCAUAUUUUGCAAUGAAUUCCAUACUUGAACAUGUAGCGCAUGCUGUAGGAAAACGAUCUGAGGAGGCUUCAGCCCUAGUUCAAAUCUAUCUGGAUGGGACAGUUGCAGUAUCUAUCGGAGGGGUUGAAAUGGGACAAGGACUCAACACAAAGUGUCUCCAAGUUGCAUCUCGGGCUUUGAGCCUUCCCAUCGAUAUGAUUACGAUUAUUGAUUCUGGAACCGAUAAAACGUGCAAUGCUCCAGAAACAGGAGGUAGCCAGAACUCUGACAUUCAUGGAAAAGCAGUCAAAAAAUACGGUAUUCCCGAAGAUUCACCAACAUAUCAUACAAGUGGUGUGGCUUGCGUUUUAUCGGAAAUUGAUUGUCGCACCGGUGAGCACAAGCUGUUGUCUGUGGAUAUAGUUUUGGAUGUUGGUCGAAGUCUCAAUCCUGCCGUUGACAUUGGACAAAUUGAAGGUGCAUUCAUGCAGGGUUAUGGACUCAUGACUUGUGAGGAACUUACGUACGAUGACGACGGAAAACUAAUCCAAGACUCCCUGUACAAAUUCCGCGUAAAACUCCUCAAAGAUAGUAAUGUAUUUGCUGAGCAGGUCUAUUCUUCUAAGGGAAUCGGCGAGCCUCCUCUCAUGCUGGGUGUGUCCACGAUUGCCUCACUCCGCUAUGCCAUAAAUGCUCGUCGACAGGAUUUGGGGCUAAAUGAUUUUAUCGAGAUAUCAGCUCCACUAACAGCGGCAAAAAUCAUCUCGUUUUGUAAUCCAUGA